UUGACAUAUUCUUUUACCAACAGUAGCCAUGGAGGACGGCAGAUUCCUCGCGGAUCACGGCACCGCAUAUCUGCCCUCUUAUGAGGAUGCCAUGAUACGGCCGGACUGGCUGCAGCUCGUUGCGCCCUACUUGCCAGUUAGGGAAUAUGCACGCCUCUCUCUAGUCUCACGGCGCUUCUACCACCAGUUUGCGCCGCGUCUCUGGAAUGACCCCCUCACUGCUGCAGCCCUCAUCCAUCGAGACAAUGGCUAGUUUCCUCUCUCGCUCACCAACUUAUUUCAUACUGCAUGCAUGUCUGACCGCCAUGCAGAUCCCGAGUGGUGCCAUCGUUUCCUGGAGCAUACCGUCCGUGUUCGAGCGGAGACUCUUGCUUUGGUCACUUGCCUUGACCUGCGAAGAUUCACUGCCAUCACCUCUGAUUUCCCGUUGUACUCAGGCUGCAAGUCACUCUCCGCAGCUUUCCGCUCGCUGCCCAGCACCUUCUCCCGGCUGCGGUGUAUUCUCCUCGACGGGCAUCUCAGCGCGGAGUCUCAGGCACUAGUGGACUCCCUUGCCUCAGCGCGGGCGCUGCCACCAAGCCUCAACCCCCCUCUGCUUUUGAGUAUUCCACGGUGCCCCUCCGAGCAGUCGCCAUCUUUCUUUGCCUCCCCUUAUCUAACGAGUCUCGUGUAUCUGGACGUAUCAGAUCUGCCCGGCUCUCUGAAGACUGCCCUGGUACAGCGGAAACUGAGUCCGGCCAACCUGCCCAGCCUCCGUAUCCUGAAGGCGCAGGGGCGGGAGAUAGACGACGCAGUCGCGAGUCUGCUCUUCAAGGUCUUCAAACAACAGCUGUGGAGUGUUAACCUCAGCCGAAACAAGCUGACGGAUGCCGUCUUCGUUGGCAUGCAUGAGUUUUCCUUCCCAGCGCAGAGCUCACGGGCAGGUGAUCCUGCUGUUGAAGGUCGACUUUCGUACUCCUCCGAUGGCAGUAUCUCGUUUGGCAAGUUCUGCUUUGUCAAGGAGUCGGAUUGGAGCACAGCUUUUAGCCAUCCUCAUAGAUAUCUUGCCGAUGCCCCCUUUUACACUACCCAUGAACACACCUGUUCCGAAGAGUCUCUUCAUCCCCGCCUGAACGGCCGGGCCAAAAUACGCCCUGACUCGGCGGAUGCAAUCAGGAGGAUACUCUCCGGUGAUGUGGGCUCUCAUAGCCCGCCAUUAGAGCACAUUCAUGGAUUGGACAUAUGCCGAGAUCACCAAGGCAUCACCCACCUGCACCUUAAUGACAACAACAUCUCCGCAGCAGGCCUUGCCAGAAUGAUCAGGUCGUCUCCCGGGCAGCUGCAGUAUCUUGAGUGUGACACCAUGUCAUUCAAGCUCCCAACAGCCGCCCCCUUCUCCUGGCUUUCCAACACGAAACUCUCAGGUAUCCUCGGCUCGGCACAUGUGUUUCGGCCCUUGUUCUCGGCCAACCUGCAGGUACUGCGCAUCCAUCACUCGCUGGUUACGCAGCUUCUGUCUCUUGAGCUCGACGGCCAGUCGCCCAUGGCGAACCUGUGGCUGGCUGAGACAGACGUGCUUCCGCGGGCAGAACUUGCAUAUCCCGAGGCAUUCGUCCCUGACAUGAACCCCAGGCUGCAAUGUCUCGUCUUGACACGAAUCCCCAGGUACUCCACCGGGCCGCUCAUUGACAAGCUGAUUGCAUUCUUGAAGCUAGCCUCCAUACAGGAGGGCGCCAUCCAAGAGGUUAGAGUCUCGACCAGUCGCCGUGGACCGGCAACCUUGCUCGGCCUGUGUCAUAUCCGUCUCGAAUUCGAUGCCGACCCCAGUGGGGAUCUCGCCGACGAUUCCGAUUUCGAACUCCUGCUCGACCCGGCCACAGUCAUGGACGAUUCGUCCAAGGAGUUCAGCUUCUUUGGCGAUUCACACUGGGCACCUUCCCCGGCAACCACCGCCCAGCCACCAUUGCCAUCAACAUCCGCGAGAGAAAACCAGUCCCCUGCGUCCACGGCCAAGGCCAGCCAGUCGGCCCAACCAGGAUCGCCACCCGCGGGGCCCGACCCGAGCCAUCUCAUGUACACCUGGACCUGGAAUGGCCAGACAUGCACCCUCCCCAUCUGGAUCGGUUCCACUACUGCUAGUACUACUCCUACUACUACUAGCCACCCCAACAACAACAGCCACACGCCCGCCGUGGCCGAAUACAUGCGGCUCCUCCGUGCCCACCCCGAUCUGAGAACCGGCCCGGUACCUGCGUCGCCAUGCCAUGUCGCCGCUGGCGUGCCAUCAGGGAGCUACAUCUUCUCCGCUGCCUGGGACGCUAUGCUUGCUCCAACUCCACCUACACCACCAACCACCACCACCAGUAGCAGUAGCAGUAGUAGUAGUAGUCCCCCCAAACCGACCGGCGCCGAACUGCGUGGGAUGAGGGAUGUCGUUGCUGCUAUCAAGGGGUACAGAGCACAGACUAGAAGGGCAUACGAGGAGGUGACAAGGGAGGCAAGGCUGAGGGGGGAGGCGGGUAGGGAGGUGAACUUGGGAGAGCCGCAUUUCCAUUGGAUGGGGAGGCUGGAGGUGAUGUUGGUGGAGGAUCCAAUGACGCGGUAUCACGCGUCGAGGUAUUGGCGGUAACUACCUAGCGGCCUCGCUUUGGAGGGUUCUGACUUGAGGUGUUGUGCCUGGGAUGGAGACACUGCACUGUACAUACCUUACGCGCUGCGAGGUGCCUAAGGUAGGUGGUACAAUAACAUGUACAUACCUCGGCAAAAAAACCCGAAAGUUUAAUUAGCUGCGACUCGUUUCGAU